CGUCAUCAAGCGCGCGACUCUUCUCAGUGCUGUUUGUGUCUACGCAGUUUGUACGCUGUAGGGAUUUAAUGGAAAUUUCCACUACUCUUGAACGAUCAAAAACACGUAUCUAAAUUAAUUUAAGCCUAUAUAUUGCUCUCUAAACGAGAUCCGGAUACUUCGAGGUGGAAAUAGAAUCGGAUUGGUGUAAUCUGCGUUCGAGUGCGUAACUCUGCUCUUCAUCAGUGACUAAUAACAAUCAGUGUAACUGUCGUCAGAAACAAUCACUGAACUAUCUGUGAUGGAGUAUCACAGUGUGGGGCCCGGAGGAGUGAUGGUCUCGGGGAGUAAUGUUCCUGCGUUUCUGACCAAGCUCUGGACGCUGGUAGAGGAUCCGGACACAGACCCGCUGAUCUGCUGGAGUCCCAGCGGCAACAGCUUUCAUGUGUUCGACCAGGGCAGGUUUUCCAAAGAUGUUCUGCCAAAAUAUUUUAAGCACAAUAACAUGGCCAGUUUUGUUCGCCAGCUCAAUAUGUAUGGUUUUCGGAAAGUUGUCCACAUCGAGCAGGGAGGGCUGGUAAAACCAGAGAAAGAUGACACCGAGUUCCAGCAUCCAUAUUUCAUCCGCGGACAGGAGCAUUUGCUGGAGAACAUCAAGAGGAAAGUCACAACGGUGUCAAAUAUUAAACAAGAGGACUUCAAGUUGAGCACUGAGGAAAUGUCUAAAAUGAUCACAGAUGUCCAGCUCAUGAAGGGCAAGCAGGAGUCAAUUGACUCCAAAAUCAGCACCCUCAAACAUGAGAAUGAGGCACUCUGGAGAGAAGUUGCCACUUUGAGACAGAAACAUGUUCAACAGCAGAAAGUAGUCAAUAAGCUCAUUCAGUUCUUGAUCACACUGGCGCGGUCCAACAGAGUCCUGGGAGUGAAACGAAAGAUGCCCCUGAUGUUGAAUGAUGGCAGCUCCACACACUCCAUGCCCAAAUACUCUCGGCAGUACUCGCUCGAGUCGUCUCCCGCUCUCUCUCCCUCCUCUACAGCUUUCACAGGAACGGGUGUCUUCACCUCAGAAUCACCUGUCAAGACGGGGCCGAUCAUCUCUGACAUCACUGAACUGGCGCAGUCCGACCCUGUGGCCACAGAGGAGUGGGUCGAAGACAGAACAAGCCCAUUGGUCCACAUUAAGGAAGAACCAUCUAGCCCCGCCCACAGUCCUGAGGUGGAGGAGGUGUGUCCUGUUGAAGUGGAAGUGGAGGCGGUAUCCGGUGUUCCUGUGGACACGCCACUUUCCCCCACAACCUUCAUCAAUUCCAUCCUCCAGGAGAGUGAGCCCGUCACUGCCCCGACCCUGCCUCCCAACGACCAGAAGUGUCUGAGUGUGGCCUGCUUCGACAAGACAGAACUGUGUGAUCAUCUAGAGACCAUUGACUCUGGAUUAGAAAACCUUCAGCAGAUCAUCAAUGCUCAGUCCAUUAACUUCGACACCUCGCCUUUCUUUGAUAUUUUCACAUCAUCUUCAGGUGAUGUGGAUCUGGACAGCCUGGCUAUUAUCCAGGACCUUCUGUCACCUGAACCUGUGAAAGAAACUGAAUCUGGUGUGAACAGCAGAGAUUCAGGCAAGCAGCUGGUCCAGUACACGUCUCAGCCCGUGAUUCUUCCUGACCCUGUCAGCACUGAAAGCACUGGCUCCGACCUGCCCAUCCUCCUGGAGCUGGAGGGUGACUCGUAUUUCGGGUCAGAACCAGCUGAAGACCCCACCAUCUCUCUUCUUAACUUCCAGUCCCCUGUUCCUGAGGACCCCAAACUAUCAUAGAGAGAGCAGCUUUUAUAAAAGGGAUUUAUGUCCGUGUGGGUUUUUUAAAGAUGUAUUCUCUGCAUUUGUUUUUAUUUUUUGGUCAUUUAACAUGUAAGGGCUAGCCAUUAGAUUGUUACUCUGGUAUUUCUCUUCACAUUUAGUCUGGGGAAAAAUCGCUAAAAAAAACAGUAGAGAGAAUUCAGUAAUUCUUGAAAACCCUCCGUCAUGGAGUUGAGACAUCAAAGUUAGCUUUUAUUUGUUGGUUCGGUUGUUUCCGGCAGUGAGAAAACCUCAGACUAAAUGUGUAGCGCUGCAGAUGUAAAUCUAAAUUUAUCGCCCAUGCUUUGUGUGCUUACCUUUUAUUUAUUUGGAUUGGGUUUGCAUCUAUGUUAAGCAAUUCUCUUGCAGUAUGUCACCACUUCAGAAUUUAAAAAACUUCAAGUUUGGCUUGUUGUACAUGCAUUUUUCUGCUAUUAUGGUUGUUAUUAUUUGAUCUAAUUAUGAUGCGAUGAACCCCCAGAUUAUUAUACUGGACACCUAGGUCUCAUAAGUAGGCAAAGUAUU